CGGUAAAUCCAGGCAAUCUAUCAAUUCUUCCGUCGCUUGUGUGCAGAUAUACGACUGCCUUUUAUCUCAACUGGAAAAUAACCUCGUCAAGGAGGAACCGGUCGCAGCAGAGGUCCAGGUUGGCGGAGGAUACCGCUAUAAUGGGUGUUUUUCAUAAAAGUGGACUUUAUAACAGUUUGUCUGCUCGCAUAUUCUGAUUUAAGAGAGAGAGAAAAAACACCACACACAUUUGACGCCCGCUAGUUUUCGCCGCUUUCCUAUGGUGUUGCCGCUGCCUUUGUGAGAAUCUUCAAAAGAGGGACAUAUUUGUAAUCUUACUGGGAGAAAGUACGCAACUGCCAACAUGUCUGGGGCGUCUGUAAAAGUCGCUGUCCGGGUUCGACCCUUCAACUCCAGGGAGAUGAGCAAGGAGUCAAAAUGUAUCAUUCAGAUGCAAGGCAACAGUACCACUAUUCUCAACCCCAAAGCCCCAAAGGAACCAGCAAAGACCUUCAGUUUUGAUUACUCCUAUUGGUCACACACUACGCCAGAAGACCCUUGCUUUGCAUCACAGAACCGCGUGUACAAUGACAUCGGCAAAGAAAUGCUGCAGCACGCCUUUGAAGGCUACAAUGUCUGUAUCUUCGCUUAUGGCCAGACUGGAGCUGGGAAGUCCUACACCAUGAUGGGCAAGCAGGAGGAAGGCCAGGAAGGAAUCAUUCCCAUGCUCUGUGAAGAUCUCUUUGAGAAAAUCAAUGAAGACAACAACAAAGAGGAGCUCUCCUACUCGGUAGAGGUCAGCUACAUGGAGAUCUACUGUGAGCGAGUGCGGGACUUGCUCAACCCCAAGAACAAAGGCAACCUACGAGUGCGAGAGCACCCUCUGCUGGGUCCCUAUGUGGAGGACCUGUCCAAGCUAGCUGUCACUUCCUACACAGACAUCGCUGACCUAAUGGAUGCAGGCAACAAGGCCAGAACUGUGGCCGCCACCAACAUGAAUGAGACCAGUAGCAGGUCCCAUGCUGUUUUCACCAUCGUCUUCACACAGAGGAAGCAUGACACUGAGACAGACCUCUCAACAGAAAAGGUCAGCAAAAUCAGCCUAGUAGACUUGGCAGGAAGUGAACGUGCAGAUUCCACUGGAGCCAAAGGUACCAGGCUAAAGGAGGGGGCAAACAUCAACAAAUCUCUCACCACAUUAGGAAAGGUUAUCUCUGCCUUGGCCGAAGUGGAUAACUGUACCAGCAAGAGCAAAAAGAAGAAGAAGUCAGACUUCAUCCCAUACAGAGACUCUGUUCUGACAUGGCUGCUAAGAGAAAACCUCGGUGGAAACUCCAGAACAGCCAUGGUAGCCGCCCUCAGCCCUGCAGACAUCAACUAUGAUGAAACCCUCAGCACACUCCGCUAUGCCGACCGAGCCAAGAACAUCAAGUGCAAUGCUGUCAUCAAUGAGGACCCCAACAACAAGCUGGUGCGUGAGCUGAAGGAUGAAGUGGCCAGACUUAAGGACUUGCUUCGUGCCCAGGGCCUGGGAGACAUCCUGGACAUUGAGCCUAUGGGGGAUGAUUGCCCAGGAAGUGGAAGCAAAUGUGCUCAAGGCUUUAAAAUGCAGCUUCUCAGUUCUCAAACUGAGGGUCAGAGCUACAUGCGGAAAGCCCCUAUUGGCUCCCUGACAGCUUCCCCGUCUUCUGGCUCACUGUGCAGCCAGGUGGGCCUGCAGUCAGUCACCAGUAUCCAGGAGCGUAUCAUGUCCACCCCCGGAGGAGAGGAGGCCAUCGAAAGACUCAAGGAAUCAGAGAAGAUCAUCGCAGAGCUUAAUGAAACCUGGGAGGAAAAGCUGCGGAAGACAGAGGCUAUCCGCAUGGAGAGGGAAGCCUUGCUUGCAGAAAUGGGUGUUGCAAUCCGUGAAGAUGGUGGCACUCUGGGGGUCUUCUCUCCUAAAAAGCUUAACCAUGAAAGGUCAUUUGAUCAGCAAUUUGAUUUUCCCACCAAGAAGCUUUUCGCUGGGAAGCCUUGUGAUCUUUUUGCAGACUUUAAUGGGGUGUUUUCCCCAAAGAAGACUCCUCACCUGGUUAACCUGAAUGAGGAUCCACUCAUGUCAGAGUGUCUACUCUACUACAUCAAAGAUGGAAUUACAAGGGUGGGUCAGGCUGAUGCUGAAAGACGUCAGGACAUCGUUUUAAGUGGUGCUCAUAUCAAAGAGGAGCACUGUGUCUUCCGCAGUGAGAGGAAUGCCAAUGGCGAUGUGAUUGUGCUGCUGGUGCCAUGUGAGGGAUCAGAAACCUACGUCAAUGGCAAGCGAGUUGACGAUGCUGUUCAGCUUCGCUCAGGCAACCGCAUCAUCAUGGGGAAGAACCAUGUGUUCCGGUUCAACCACCCAGAACAGGCCAGGGCUGAAAGGGAAAAGACUCCAUCAGCUGAAACCCCUGUGGAGCCGGUGGACUGGACCUUUGCCCAGAGGGAGCUGCUGGAGAAGCAGGGCAUUGACAUGAAGCAGGAGAUGGAAAAAAGACUCACUGAGAUGGAGAUCUUGUACAAAAAAGAGAAGGAAGAAGCAGACCAGCUUCUGGAACAACAAAGACUGGUUUACGAGAGCAAACUGCAGGAACUUCAGAAACAGGUGGAAACUCGUUCACUAGUGGCAGAGACACCCGAUGAAGAAGAGGAGGAAGAGGAGGAAGAAGAGGAAGUGCCGUGGACUCAGCAUGAGUUUGAGCUGGCUCAGUGGGCCUUCAGGAAGUGGAGGUACCAUCAGUUCACCUCACUCCGUGACCAGCUGUGGGGGAAUGCUGUUUACCUGAAGGAAGCCAAUGCCAUCAGUGUGGAGCUCAAGAAGAAGGUCCAGUUCCAGUUUGUCUUGUUGACGGACACACUCUACUCUCCACUGCCUCCUGAGCUCCUGCCCCCAGAGCCAGAGAAGGAGCGUGACACCAGGCCUUUCCCCCGCACUGUAGUGGCCGUGGAGGUCCAGGACCUGAAGAACGGGGCCACGCACUACUGGUCCCUGGAGAAACUUAAACAGAGGCUGGACCAGAUGAGAGAGAUGUAUGACCGCGCUGGAGAGAUGGCGUCUUCAAACCAGGAGGACUGUGAGGGCACACUGACAGGAAGUGACCCCUUCUAUGACCGCUUCCACUGGUUCAAACUAGUGGGGAGCUCCCCCAUCUUCCACGGUUGCGUUAACGAGCGCCUGGCUGACCGCACACCCUCGCCCACCUUCUCCACCACUGACUCGGAGAUCACCGAGCUGGCAGACGAGCGUCAGAGUGAGAUGUCCGACUUGAUUGACGACGAGGCGUUUGUGGACGACACCAGCUCCGACGCUGGCACUGAGGAGGGCUCAGACAUCUUCAGUGACGGCCAGGACCCCUUCUAUGACCGCUCCCCCUGGUUCAUCCUGGUGGGAAGAGCUUUUGUGUACCUGAGCAACCUGCUGUACCCUGUACCCCUGGUUCACCGUGUUGCCAUAGUGACAGAGAAGGGUGACGUACGUGGUUUCCUGCGCGUCGGGGUCCAGGCUAUCGCUGCUGAUGAGGAGGCUCCCGACUACGGGUCAGGAGUGAGACAGUCAGGAACUGCCAAGAUCUCCUUUGAUGAUGAGUACUUCAAAAAGAAUGACUUUCCCUCCACGGUUAUGACCCGCUCUGGCUUGUCCCUUGAGGAGCUGCGUAUUGUGGAGGGUCAGGGUCAAAGUUCAGAGGUCAUCACGCCCUCGGAGGAGCUCAACAGAAUCAAUGACAUGGAUCUGAAGCUGGGUAAUGUGGUGGAGACCAAGCUGAGCCGUGGCGAGGGUCUGGCAGGCCAGCUGGAGGUGGGCAGCAUCUUCACCUUCCGUGUGACCGUGCUCCAGGCCAGUGGCAUCCUGCCUGAAUAUGCCGACAUCUUCUGCCAGUUCAAUUUCCUGCAUCGUCAUGAUGAGGCUUUCUCCACUGAGCCUCUGAAGAACACGGGCAAAGGAGCUCCUCUGGGCUUUUACCAUGUCCAGAAUAUUUCAGUGGAGGUGACAGAGUCCUUCAUUGAGUACAUCAAGACCAAGCCCAUUGUGUUUGAAGUUUUCGGCCAUUACCAGCAGCACCCUCUGCACCAUCUUGGCCAGGAUCUGAUCAGUCCUCCUACACCAUCAAGGAAGUACUAUCCGAUCCCUAUGCCUCUGUCGAAGCCAGACCAUGUCCGUAAAAUAGAGUUGCUCCGCUACCUGAUGAGUGGCUAUAUGAAUGGCCAGGUGCUGGACACACUGUCUGUGCAUGCCAACGCCCUGGCCUCCACUGCAGUGGCCAGCCUGGAGGACAAGGCCGACCAGCUCUCUCACUUCCCCAUCAUCCCGGCACCCUUUUACUUUGUGCUAACCGUGCCAAAGCACCAUGUUCCAGCCACAAAGGUGAACACCAUUACCAAGUCCAACCUGGGCCAGUGUGUCAGCAAGUAUGACCUGCUGGUCUGGUUUGAGAUCAGCGAGCUGGAGCCCACUGGAGAGUACAUCCCAGCUGUAGUGGAUCAUAGUGGAGGACUGCCCUGCCAUGGCACCUACCUACUGCACCAGGGGAUCCAACGGAGGAUCACAGUGACUCUCAUCCAUGAAAAAGGCAGCGAGCUCCACUGGAAGGACGUCCGUGAGCUGGUCGUGGGUCGCAUCAGGAACAAGGCAGAGGUGGAUGAGAGCGCCGCUGACGCUGUCCUGUCCCUCAACAUAAUUUCCGCCAAGAACAUCAAGUCAUCCCACAACUCCAACAGGCUUUCUAUUGAUAAGGAUAUUGCUAGGACCUUCUACCGCUUCGAGGCUGUGUGGGACAGCUCCCUGCACAACUCCCUCCUGCUCAACCGAGUUACUCCUUAUGGAGAGAAGAUCUACAUGACCCUGUCUGCAUAUCUGGAGCUUGACCACUGCAUCCAGCCUGCCAUUAUAACCAAAGAUAUCUGCAUGGUCUUCUACUCCCGAGAUGCAAAGAUCUCACCUCCUCGGUCCCUGAGGAACCUCUUUGGCAGUGGAUACUCCAAAACCCCUGACUGCAAUCGAGUCACUGGCAUCUACGAGCUGAGCUUGUGUAAGAUGUCUGACACUGGGAGCCCAGGGAUGCAGCGGAGGAGGAGGAAGAUCCUGGACACAUCAGUGGCGUAUGUGCGUGGAGAGGAAAACCUGGCUGGCUGGAGGCCCCGAGGAGACAGUCUCAUCCUGGAGCACCAAUGGGAGCUGGAGAAAAUGGAGCAGCUGCAUGAGGUGGAGAAGACCCGCCACCUGCUGCUGCUGAGGGAGAAGCUGGGAGAAGCAGCCCCUGUAGGAACAGCUCCUACCGCCAAGUCCCUCAGCGAGUCCCUGUCACCCAGCAUGAGCUCAGGCACCCUGUCCACCUCCACGUCCAUCUCCUCUCAGAUCUCUAGUACCACUUUUGAGAGUGCCAUCACGCCAAGCGAGAGCAGUGGCUACGACUCGGCUGACAUCGAGAGCCUGGUGGAUCGCGAGAAGGAGCUGGCCACUAAGUGCCUGCGCCUCCUGACUCACACCUUCAACAGUGAAUACAAUCAGGUGUGCAACAGUAUCAGUGACUGCAAGCUGUCUGAUAUCUCACCAAUGGGACGCGACCCGUCAGUGACCAGCUUCAGCAGCGCCACCCUCACCCCCUCCUCCACCUGCCCAUCUCUCUCUGAUUCCCGCUGUGGCUCCUUAGACCAGAAGACCCCAGAGAACAGCUCCCGUGCCUCCAGCCCCUCUUGCUCAGACUACGAGAACUUCCCCAUGGUGCCCACCCUGGAGACCUCUUAUCUAGCACGAGCCGGCAAGAAUGAGUUCCUCAACUUGGUGCCUGAUAUUGAAGAGAUGAGGCCAGGAUCGGUCGUGUCUAAGAAGGGUUUCCUGAGCUUCAUGGAGCCACGCUCCAACUCAUGGGUGAAGCACUUUGUGGUUGUACGCCGGCCCUACGUCUUCAUCUACAACAGCGACAAGGACCCAGUGGAGCGGGGUGUCCUCAACCUGUCCACAGCACAGGUGGAAUACAGUGAAGACCAGCAGGCCAUGCUCAAGACUCCCAACACAUUUGCUGUGUGCACAAAACACAGAGGAAUCCUCCUGCAGGCCAACAAUGACAAGGACAUGAACGACUGGCUGUAUGCCUUUAACCCGCUGCUAGCAGGAACGAUAAGAUCCAAGUUGGCGAGGAGGCGCAGUGGCGUAGUGAAGAACUGAGUUGACCCGCACACAGGAAACCAUGGCUUCCAUUCUUCUGAAAAGCCUUUGAACAUACCAAGUGUUAACACUUAUUAACCAUUGUGAUUCUUGAUGGUUUUCUCUUAUAUGUAGACCUGUGGCUUAAGUCUCUUUCAAGUGACAAACGUUUCAGUUCCUGAAAAACUCGCCUCCCCUCUCUCCCCGCAAAAGCCCUCUGCCAACUUAGCUGUUCCCCUCUCUCUCCCGAGCUUUUUGUGUUUUUGUUUUUAUGACGACGUUUUGGUCUUUUUUUGUUCCGCUUUGUUGUCAUUCCCUUGCCCCCUAACUAGUAGCAUGUUGUAAUAGUCUACUUGUGUGUGCACGAUUCUUCAGAAACAGUUUCUUCUCGACACUAUUUUUCAGUUUACCAGUUGUCUGUAAAAAUUGUCUCUAUCAGUGUUACUUGUCUCUUAAGAGGAGUUUUAUUUUUGAUUCUUUUCUUUUUUUUCGUGCCGGCAUGACAACUGCAGCAGUCCUCAGGAGAAGACCAGGUUUGCUUACUCACUACUAAAAAAAAAAACCAUGCAAAUAUACAGCGAUGAAGGGAAAAAAUACAUGUAAAUCCAAGUAAAAUAUUGGUUUACGCUCUCCUACAGAAAGCAAGACUGGUUCAAGAAUUAUUGCUGCUAGUGAUUUAUUAGGUUUUUGUUCUCAUUGCGAGACUUUGCAUUAGGCCGUUGCCUCUUCCUAAAGUAGAAUCUAGCUCCCCCGUCCUUCUCCCUACUUGGCCUUUAGAGUCAAAAAGUGAACACAGAAAAUCGCUCAAGGUCCCCACUCAGCGAGACAUUAACGGCAGCAUUGGAUUUCCACUGUUACACAUGUGAUAGUUAUAUUCCCCUCUCCUAUCCCUGUAAAUACACCAGGUCCAGCCCCAAUAGCGCCGUCACACAUUGAGGGAUUACUUGCGAUCAUGCACGUCAACAUCAGAAAUACAUGCUGACUGAAGAGAUGAACAAGAAUGCAUCAGGAUUAUUUAUAUCUCAGCAGUGAAAACAUGACAUUGGAUUGUUACUGCUACAGCAGAUACGUCUCUGCUUUUUUUGCCAUUUCAACUCAGCUGUAUGGCUCAGUUAUAAUUAAAAAACAACAACAAUAGGAAAAUAACUAGUUCAAAGAAAAUGGGUUUCAGAGGGGAUAAGGAGAAGGAGGAGGAGGAGGUGGUGUUUGGACAGUACUCUGAGGAGAAUAUCACUUGUACAUAUGUGCUAGGAUCAGUGUGGUAGUUGCCUUUCAUUUAAGACAUUCCUCUCAGAUCUUUUAGCUCUUAGCACUUUUCUUACACCGACGUGUUAAGGUUCAAAGAGCCUCGACGUCCGCUAACAUGUUCCUCAUUUUUUCUUUCUUUUUUAAUCAUCACAUACUGGUGAUACUGAAGUCAAGAUAUGCAGAAGGAACCAAGAGAAUGAAGGAGGGAUGUUCUAGCCUUGAGCCUUGUAGUGGUUAGGUGAAGGUGCUAGCACAUUGCCUUGAGGACAGGAACCUAUGAACAGGCCUGAACCAUGGGUCCAUUCACUGUCAGUGCAAGUGUCAGGUAUUAUCUCUGAAGUCAUUAUUAUUCAACAGGGUGGACUGAUGCACCGUAGAUUUCCAUUUGUUGUUUUUUUCUUAUUGCAUUCUUGAAUCUAAACCUCUUAACUCAGCUAACUUUUAUUGGGUUGAUUUUUUUUUUAAGUUUUAUUAACAUUGUUGAUUAUUUUGUAUUAUUAUGCGGUUAUUCCACAGUGGAGUUUGAUAUGAAAUGUAAAAGAGGGCAUUUAUUUCUUAAGUUUUAUCUUGGCUAUAUUGGUGUUUAAUCUUAUUUUGCACAUUAACACAACUAUAGCAAGACGAGAGCAGAUCAGUCCCCGAGAUCAUUUCUUACAGCACCAUCUCGAGUGCAAGAGGUGCAUAAGGGAACACUGAUAAGGGAGCACAUAUCAAGGCUACACUGGAUAGCUGUGCAUUUUGGGUUGAACAUAACUCGGAAGGCUUACCAUAGGGAAGUAGCAUCAAAGUUACAAAAUAUGCUCAAAGCUGUUUUUGUUUUUCUAGAAUUGUUUAUGAAAAUAUUUGCUCUGUACAUUCUGGUACAAUUGUGGCUGCUACAUUUGGGUCAUAGCAAAUUAUGGGAAAUGAGGGUGCCUCUGUUUCUGUGAUUGGUGGAAGCUUGAGCGGCACCAUUAAACUCUGGCCAGCCAACCAGACGUGUGCCUCAUGUACUCUGCCCACUUGUUGAGGUGUGUUGAAACAGAGGCGCUGCAGAUCCGGGGAGCGUUCAUGAAUUGCUCCACAUGUUACAGAGUGACGAUGAUUGGCUACACAUCUUCAGUGUUUGCUGAUGUGACGAGAGGAAAACAUUUUCUCAGAGGAAUGAAAAUGUCUGAAAGCCGCUGCCCUCGGGUCAGCCAACCUGUCGGGCAGAGAAAUGCAAACCAAGUUGCUGGGUUGAGUUGCAGCUGGUUUCUGGGAAGUGUGUUUUCCGUCUCGACAAACACAGCACGGUCAUUUAGGACACUAGUUCUCAAAAAAAAAAAAGAGAGAGAACAGAGCGACUUCUAUGCACUGAUCAAAGCUCAAAGUUUACUGUACCUUGCAUUAACCUCACUGUAUUCAACAAUGACAUGUAUGAGAAAAUAUUAACAUAUUGAUAUGAAUACUUGUCAGAGCAAAAAUUUUCACACUUCAGCAACUAAUUUGCCGAGGUAUAUCAUUUUGGAUUGUGUAUUUAUUGUUUGCAAUGUAUAUAUUAGUUUGCAGCUCUUUGCACAUAUUAAUAAAAGGUAUAACUAAGUGAUCAAAUAAAGACUGUGCGGUUUAGUUCUUCUCAGAUUGAACCAAACGAUGGUGUGGCAGCCUCUUUCAGCGCAGACUGACCUGGGAGAGAGUUGAAUGUACUAUCAGGAUGUUGCUUUGUGUUUUUCCAUCAUUUACAUUUUUAAAAAAAAUAAAUAAAUAAAGGGAGGGAGGGAGGGGUAGCACAAAAAUGUAACCUGUUCUCCAUCUCUUUCUGUACAGGUGGGUUACAUUUGUGCUUGGAAAACUGUUUGAAUCAAAGUCUGCUUUUGAUUUUUAAGAUUAUAUUUACUUAUUCCUCACCAUUCAUGUUAGCUAGACAUCUGAAUUAUAACAAGUGUGGUUACUCUGAGGGGCUUUUGUUUUUAUUUCAUUUGUUUUCUAAUAUCAGGGAAUAUCUUACAAAGUAGCUAGUGAUAAAAAUGACAGUAUACUAUUGUUUGUGCUGGUGUUUUUCUUCACCUCAACACUUUCCCAUGCUGCCUUUCAAGCAAAACUAGCCAUGAUAUUUUGCAUCUUCUCCCCCUCUGACAAUUAAUAUCUGUUAACUGCAUUCCCUUUGGAUUUGUUCACCAAAAAAAUUUAAAAAAUAAAAUAUAAAAAAAAGACAAAACCAAGACAUUAACACUGUACAUUAUUUGUCAGAUUGGUUUCAUUUUCAUACUUAUUUUGUAAAUAUCUGUGUUGUAUGGGGCUUGAAUUAAAAAUGUAAAUAUGUUUCCUGUAUUUGUAAUAAUUAUAAUCCAUUCGCUGUAUAGCCUAGACGUGUCAUGCAGAUAUCCUAAUUCUGUGUAUGGUAAUCUUGCACCAUUGAACUGUUUAGUGAAUGAGGCAACAAUAAAAGUACAACCUGUGCAUUAGCAGAACAAACAA